CAUAGGAUUAAAGAAACAAUAGAAUCUGUCUUAAAAAUGUGCUGGAGCUGGCGGGAAUUAAAAUAAAGUUUUCUUUUUUUGUGAAGCUUUUUUUUUGUGUUUCUCUUCCUCUUUUCUCUCUCUUUUUUUUUUCUUCAAUGAUUGAUUGUGAAUGUCUAAUACAACCUAUCUGAUACCCAAAGAUCUUCCGCCUUCGUAUGACUCGCUUUAUCAGUCCAUUCCUUCAUGCUCACAGGCCAAUUACUGUCAUGAUUCAGUGAUAAGACGAUUUUUUCGUAAACAUGGGCCAUUUUUACAAAAGUUUAUUGCAGCCGUUUUUGUAGCAGCCACUGUUUCAGCAACCGUCAUGCUUUUGUUAUGGCAAUUACAAAAUCUGACAACCUCACCUCCACCCAAUACUGAUGAUCCUUGGUUUGAUCCUUAUCAAGAAGAAGAAUAUUGACACUGUAUAAUGUAUGUUUGUAAAUAAUGUAUUCAUAAAAUAAAAUAAAAAGCUCGGGUGACUUUCUCUUGUUUUUUUUUUU